CCCUAAACCAUUCCGCCCGGCUGGUGACGUCACUUCCGGAAUCUCCGGCUCUCCAUUCUCUUUAGUGUUUGCCGUGUCCGAGUCUCCCCCCUUCCUCUUUCCGCCGGUCUCCUGGUACCGAGCCCCCGCUUCACUACAUGGACUAGGGUGUGAGCGCCUUCCCUUCCACUCCCGGGCACACAGCAGGGACGAAGACAGAGAGAAGGUAGCCCUUUCAAGCUUCACCGCACUGACUCAAACCGCACUGAACGCUGUUCUACCUGCAGCACUUGGCUCUAAUGGACGUUAACAUGUCUCAAGUUCCCAACUCGCCUGCCGCCACCCUCUCAGGGAGCCAAAUCCUGAACAAGAACCAGCAUUCUCCUCUACCCCAGCCUUUGAGUAUUCCUUCUACUGCCAGUCCGCUGCCCUCUGAAAAUGCAGGUAGACCUCUUCAAAACUCUGCUUUACCCUCUCCAUCUGUCACAUCCAGCAGUCCAGCUGCAGUUUCUUCUAACAUGGCAAACCCCAAAGAGAAAACCCCCAUGUGUCUUGUGAAUGAGUUAGCCCGUUUCAACAAAAUUCAGCCCGUAUAUAAACUGCUGAGUGAACAAGGUCCGGCUCAUUCAAAGGUCAUUCCACUAGGACGGUGGCAGGAUUACAGCCUUCUUGAGAGAGUGGGAGAAGAUCGCCCAAGACAAAUGUUCACAGUGCAGCUCACUCUAGGGGACCAGUACUGGGAGGCCGAAGGGACGAGUAUUAAAAAAGCUCAACACGCCGCUGCCGCCAAAGCCUUGGAGGGGACAAAGUACCCCAAGCCUACAGUCCGCCCUGUCCGCGGUGAGAGAAAAUACCCAGAUAGCAUCACGCCAACGGUUGAACUUAACGCACUGUGCAUGAAACUCGGAAGGAAACCCACAUACAAACCAUUGGAUCCCUACACCGGGAUCCGCUCGGCUUAUAACUACAAUAUGCGAGGCGGAGGUUACCCCCCACGGUACUUCUACCCAUUUCCUGUGGCUCCUAUCCUUUAUCAAGUGGAAUUGUCCAUUGGAGGGCAGCAGUUCCAUGGGAAAGGAAGGACAAGGCAGGCCGCCAAGCACGAUGCCGCAGCCAAAGCACUAAAGAGCCUACAACACGAGCCUCUCCCUGACAAACCAGCGGUGAACGGGAAAGCGGCAGAUGAAGAAAAUCUUAAUAAAUCUGAAAUAAGCCAAGUGUUUGAAAUUGCACUUAAACGGAACAUGUCUGUGAAUUUUGAGGUAACCAAGGAAACCGGCCCUCCCCACAUGAAGAGUUUUGUAACUAAAGUAAUAGUUGGUGAGUUUCUGGGUGAAGGUGAAGGAAAGAGCAAAAAGAUAUCAAAGAAGAACGCUGCUAUAUCCGUGCUAGAGGAGCUCCGAAAACUGCCCCCUCUUCCAACAGUGGAGAAAAUGAAGCCAAAAAUCAAAAAGAAAACAAAGUCCAUUGUAAAGCUUCCUACUAGUCCUGAAUAUGGUCAGGGGAUGAACCCAAUCAGCAGGCUGGCACAGAUUCAGCAAGCCAAGAAAGAUAAAGAACCCGAAUAUAUUCUCAUCACAGAGAGGGGCCUCCCGAGGCGCCGGGAGUUUGUCAUGCAGGUUAAAGUAGGGAAUCAUUCAGCCGAGGGCAUGGGCACCAACAAGAAAGUCGCCAAAAGGAACGCUGCUGAAAAUAUGUUGGAACUUCUAGGUUUUAAAGUCCCUCCACCUCCCCCAAAACCUGCACUCAAGACUGAAGAAAAGCUCCCUUUGAAGAAACCAGGAGAUGGAAGGAAAGUGACCUUUUAUGAGCCCGGAUCAGGAGAAGAUACUUCUAACAAUAACAAAGAUGACGAGUUCCGGAUGCCUUUUCACAGCCAUCAGCAGCUUCCUGCGGGAAUCCUCCCCAUGGUCCCUGAGGUUGCACAAGCGGUUGGGGUUAAUCAAGGACUUCACACCAAAGAAUUUAACAGGGUGGCCCCCAACCCGGCCAAGGCAACUGUGACCGCCAUGAUAGCUAGAGAGCUGCUGUACGCGGGCAUCUCCCCAACGGCUGACACCAUCCUGAAGAAUAACAACAACGCUGCUGGCCUUGUGCUUCACGGUCCAUUUACCCGGCCCUCUGAGCAACUAAACUAUCUCUCUAGAGUCCAAGGAGUAGAGGUUGAAUAUAAAGACUUUCCGAAGAAUAAUAAGAAUGAGUUUGUCUCUCUCAUAAACUGUUCUUCUCAACCGCCAUUAAUCAGCCACGGCAUUGGCAAGGAUGUGGAAUCCUGUCACGAUAUGGCUGCAUUGAACAUCUUGAAAUUGCUGUCUGAGCUGGACCAACAAAACCCAGAGAUGCCCAGAACAGGAAAUGGACCAAUGUCUGUAUGUGUAAAACCCGAAAUGGAAAGUGAUCCUCUCCUCAAACCGGCUAACUCAAACACCUUGGGACAAACACUGGACAGUACAGCCUGAUACAGGCCUUCCGGCUGAGCCCGAUCCUAAAAGCACCGAAGAAAAUCAAAACGUCCUCGUCACUUAGAGUGCUUCCACCAUCGCCAUUUACCUCUCGGCACUGUAUAACCAGAGAGCAGGGGUCAGGGUGGCUUUUUAGCUGUUGUGAAGUCUGAACCGUCAUUGUCAUUGGAGGCUCCCCAUAAUGCACAUACACUUAUGGCAGGUAUUUGGGUUAUGGACGACCUCUGGUUGCACAUACCUGCCAAUAGUGAAUGGGGAGGGGGGGGGGGGCAGACAUUCAUGAACAGCUAAAGAAUCACCCUAAAAUGGAACAGUCUCGGUAUUACUAAUGUUUUUUUGUUUUGUCUAGAGACUCGGUAAAUACAAUAUUAAUUGUACCCAGCGGCCUAGAAUCCUCAACACAUUUCAUGUACUGAUCAGAUCAUAUCCUCGCGUGUGGUUGUGUAUAUGUAUCUACAAUAUGUCUUUUUUUUUUUUCCUCUUGUUUUAUACCAUGCUAGUUAUUAAACAAUUAUGUGCUGUGCCCUACACGGAUGGGGAAAGGAAAAACGUUGAAUUAGAAAAAAAAAACCAUAGUAGUAAAAUUUUCAUUUUUUAGGCAUUUUAUUAAUUGUAUUUUUAUUUCUCUUUUGUUUUGUGUAUAAAUUAAAUUGAUGAGAGUUUUGUUUGUAUGUGAGGCACGCCGGCUAUACGGCCGCACUGCGGGAUAUGAUCGAGCGAUAGUGUUACCGAUUUGAUUUUCUUUGGGUGCUUUCAGAUGUUUAAUUACAUAUCCAUGUGGGGCCGAGAAAAACCCGCCUCUGUUUAUAUAUAAAACUGUGUUGCUUUAGAUGUUGUGUUUAUUGCGCCCAGGAACGUGCGCAGUAAGAAAUAAUAAAAAAAAAAAAUCCCCGCCUAUGGUAAAGCACGAUCGCCUCGCAAAGUUUCAGUAACGCUUUUUGGUUCAUUGUUAAGCCAGAAUUUUUUUCUCCCCAUGGAUUGUAAGUAAAACGUAGUGUUUGUCCUAUAAUAAAUGACUAAAAAUGA